UGUAAUGGAAUGAUAUUUCAUUAAUUUGAAUUUGACGCGUCGGAGUGACACGCGAUAAAAUGGCGGAUGACGUGUAAAUUAAUUUAGUGGAUUAUAGUGUAAAAAGAUAGAUUAAAGGAUAAAUGAACAUUAAAUGUCGUUUCUUUGUAUUUCAGAGAAACAAUUUUGUGUUUUCAUUUAGAAAAAAUCCUUGAUAAUAUUACUUAUAAAACGACAUUUUUGUUUAUUAAAAAAAGAUGGACCGGCUACAAUUUGAGUUUACAAUGAUAGCCUCAAUCGAUGGCAAAUCUAAUAUAUUGGCCAUAACUUCAAUAUUGACAGAAGAAGGAAAAUGUUAUGUUUUACCUGAUGAACUGAAGCCGGUGAUUCAUCAUAAAUAUAUAGUUAAAUUGAACACUUUUUCAAAAAUAAAAAAUAGUAUAAAGAAAAGGCACCAAAGCAGAAAGAUAUGGGUAAAAUUAGAUGAAGAUCUAAAGAAAACAUAUAUAGAUGAGGAAGGUAAUAUGCAAUUUUUAGAUCAAUAUUUAGAGGAAAUGAGCACAAAACAACCAAGAGGCAAUGAUGAUAAUUUGCAACAUAUCCUGGAAAAAUUAAUAGAAUCUACGACAAAAAAAGAAAAUCAACAUAAUUUAAAACAUGUUUCAGAGAAAUUUAUUAUUGAAAAAUUCACAAGUAAGAAUCCUAAUGCAGUGCAAUGGAUAGAGAAUUUUGAAAAAGAGUGUGAGCGUUUUAAUAUUACAAAAGAUGAAACAAAAAUAGAUAUAUUGAGAUUAUUUUUAGAAAACUCCAGUUUGGAUUGGUAUAGCUCGAUGGUAAUUAAACUAUCAGUAAAUUCUGAAUGGAAUGAAUGGAAAGACAAAUUUUUAGAAACUUUUAGGAACCAAGGGUGGGAUGUAGUCACAACUGCUUUCACAUUCAAGUAUAAAGAAGGGCUGUUAAUUGAUUAUGCUAUAAAAAAAGAACGGCUUAUACUAGACAUAAAUAAAUCGAUAGAUUCCAGAACAAUGAUAGAUCUAAUUGCAACUGGUUUACCUGGUUUUAUCUUGAAUAAGUUAAACAGGGACGAACUCAACAACACUACUGAUUUGUUCAACGAGAUAAGAAAAUAUGAAGGUAUGAUCUUCAAGAAAAACUCAACUAUAACAAAGAAUAUAUAUUCUUAUAAAAAUAAAUUUAAUGAGAAGAAGCCAUGUAAGACUUGUGAAUCCUUGGACAAAGGAAUUAGAUAUCAUCCGGAGGAGUUAUGUUGGUUCAAGAAAAAUAAAAAUGAAUCUGAAAAGGUUUUUAAAGCCAAAAAUGUAAAUAAUAAUUCGAUUAUUGAAGUAGAUAUGAAUACUGAGAAAAAAAACGAGUAAGUACACCAUUAAUCAAAAUCAAGCUUUUAUUAGAAAAUAAACUAGAAGUGAGCGGUGUUUAUGAUUCAGGCUCACAGAUCUCUUUAAUAAAUUCAAGAUUGAUUAAAGUAAAAGAAAAAAAAGACAAUGUGAAUAUAACAUAUAUGAAAACGGUUAAUGGUGUGAAGAAGACAGAUGGCUUGAUAACAAUAAAAAUAAAAAUCUUUGAUUUAGAAGAAGAGGUCGAUAUAUAUAUAGUAGAAAAUGAAGAUUUUGAGGAUUUUAUAAUCGGAUUGGAUAUGAUAAAGAAGUUCAAAUUAAUCCAAAAUGAGGACUUGCAGAUAGAACAAAGGAAAAUAGACAGGAUGUCUAAAGAUAACAGAAAUGAAGAUAAGAAUAUAAAAAUAUAUGCAAUAAAUUUCAAUGA